UCAUAUUUACUCCAAGUCAAUAAGAAAUAGUCAAAUAAAAAUGGCAAUCAAGUUAUUUGUUAUUGCAAGCCUUGUUGCUGCCAUUUCUGCUUUGGAAGAACAUGUGGCCACAUCACACAGUGUACAACAUUUUUCCUCACCUCAUUAUGCUGCUGCUCCCAUCGCUUACAAAGCUGCUCCAGUUUACCACACAGCACCUAUUGCAUUAAAAAAAGUAAUUGUAGAACAUGAAGAAGAAGAAGGUCCAGCUCAUUACGAUUUCGCAUACGGAGUACAUGAUGAACAUACCGGUGACAUUAAAGAACAAAAGGAAACACGUAAAGAUGAUGCUGUUGAAGGAUACUACACCUUGAAAGAAGCUGAUGGUACUCGUCGUAUUGUCCAUUACACAGCUAACAAACAUGAUGGAUUCAACGCUGUUGUAACACACGAAGGAAAACCAACUGAAGCACCACAAAUUAUUAAAGCUGUACCAACUUAUUAUAAAGCAGCACCUGUUGUAUACAAAUCAGCACCAAUUUCCUACAAAGCUGUACCAAUUGUUUAUAAAUCAGCGCCGGUAGCUUAUAAAGAUUCGCCCUCAUUCAGUUACGGUUCAUCUUCAUCACAUGAAUACGAUUAUUAAAUACUAUAUUUAUGAUUUAAUAGCUUAUAUGUAUUUAUUUA